AACCAAGGCAAGUCAAUAAAGAUGCAACAGAAACGAGAUCCCGAUUGUAUAAAUACAUGGUUGGUUUUGAGUAAAAAUCCGUCGGUGGACAUUUCUCAUCCUGCUUGUUAAUCGUUAAACAAGAAAGAUGUUGAGGAUAUCGCAAUUCUCUGUCUUGGUAGCCAUUCUCAUGGCCUCUUCCCUUGCCAAACCACUGGAAGAACAAGGGGGCUACACCAAAACAAAAGUGCCUCAUUUUGAGAAGGUGAAGUUCCAUGACGAAAUCAUUGAGAUUGAAGUCGAAGACGUCAAUCCCUUCAAUCGUUCUCAACCAGCAGACGAGGGGUAUUCUCCCAGUGCCUACCAAACUGAUAUGAUACUCAACAAGGAGCAAAAGGCAGAGUUAAGCGACGGCGGUAACUCCCGUACCAAGCGGAAAGCCACCACGUUCUCUGCGGCACUAUGGCCAAACGGCAGAGUUCCAUAUGAAAUUACAAGUGGAUUGGAUCAAGCAACUGUCGAUGCCAUCAAGGCUGGUAUGGCUCAUUGGGAGGAACAUACAGGAGUCUAUUUCGAACCAUUCUCCUAUCCAACCGAGGAUAGGCUCAAGUUCAUCAAGGGUGACGGAUGCUAUUCAUAUGUUGGCAGACAAGGAGGUCCUCAAGAUGUUUCUAUUGGAGAUGGAUGUACCAAGCUCGGGAUCGUGGCUCAUGAGAUCGGUCAUGCAGUUGGAUUUAAUCAUGAACAGUCCCGCUCAGAUCGAGAUAAUUACGUUGAUAUCGACACGACCAAAAUUACAAGUGGCUUUGCCAAUAACUUCGACAAAACUUCGACGUUCACCAACUUGCCUUAUGAUUUUAAGUCAGUAAUGCACUACGGCGCAAGAGAUUUCGGAAUAGACCGUCAAGUAGUGUUGAAGCCGAUAGGGGAUCCUUUUGCAGUUCAUGAUAUGGGCCAACGUGAAGGUCUUAGCUUCUUUGACAUAAAACUGGCCAACCAGAUGUACCCCGGUGACAGUCUUUGCUCUGGAACUGACCCAUGUGGUGCCAACGGAUACAGAGACAAGACUUGCAAAUGCCAAUGUUUAUACACUUUCCAGGGAGAAUUCUGCGAUAUACCAGACGAAACAAAUGUUGAUCGCGAGAUGCUAACAGCUCAAACUGGCACAUUCUGUUCCCCUGGCUAUGAUGGAACCACUCCAUACAGUAACGGCAAGUCUUUCUCUACGUAUUUAAAGGCAGAACCAGGCGAACUGAUCCGCGUUCAUUUCGAUUUCUUUAACCUCGAAAGUUAUGACACAACGAAUAACCGUUGUUGGGAUGGGCUUACAAUAAUUGUAGACGAUAUGUUUGAUUUUGGGACCACUUACUGCGGGAAUAAUAUACCUCCAGAUGUAGAAGGUCGGGAAAUAAUGGUGAACUUCCAUUCUGACGACACAGUGAAUGCGAAAGGAUUUCAUGCUACAUACUCAAAGGUGACAACAGGAGGGAGCAGCUGUCCAACAACGCCGAUCGGUUGUAAAGACACCGUUACGAUUAGCCCCGGAUGCGAGGUAACCAUUCAGUCUCCGAAUUAUCCAAGUCAAUACUCCAACGGCGGCGACUGCAGCUACUCCGUUAGUUCUCCACAAAAUUCACUUCAGCUCACCUUUACUAAAUUUCACACAGAGGCAAACUACGACUUUGUUAAAGUCGUCAUUCAACAAACGGAAACCCCUCUGUCCGGACUUCAUACCGACAUGACCAAGCUGAGUUAUCAGGCGAUGGAUAAUAUUAAGCUGACCUUCACAUCAGAUUACUCUGUUGUUAAGGACGGCUUUGUAGCCAAGAUUAAAGCUGUGAAGAUUUAAUUGACA